AUGCCAAAUUAUUGUGUUGUCGGCAAGUGCAAGAAUCGGACCGACAGUAAACUCGGCAUUUCAACGUUCCCUUUUCCAAAAGAUAAGGCAGUUCGUAAAAAAUGGGUCAAGUUUGUUCAACGUUCGAGGCUGAACUUCGUCGAGCCUGAGCCUGGCAAUACGUCCACAGUUGUAUGCAACCGGCACUUCACGGAAGAUUGUUUUGUGGAUAUUCCUUCCUUGGAAUGUGCCAUUGAGGCGGACUACCAUACAAAAAGACCUCCUAGAAGAAAGCCUGAUGCAGUACCAACAAUCCUUUAUCCUAUUCCUGGCCUUGGCGCCCCUGACCCUGUCCCUGGCCCUGCCACUCCCAGAAGAAGUGAGCAGAAUGUAGGUCGAGCAGCAGCAUCGAUAAGGGCACGCAAACGGACUGUUAAUGAAGCCAUUGCCAACUUAAACCAACUGCAACCUGAACAAUCAAUGACUAAGAGUGAUGAUGACUCCAAGUGCUAUGAUAGUGACCCUCAGAUUGAUUUCGAGGUGCCUGCCACGCCUGCCCCCGUAGCGCCCAGUCCCAAAUUAACAAGCAUUCGACUAACUAGGUCUGAAAUUUAUGUUGUCAGCAUUCCUCCAGCAGAAAUGGUUUCGAGGGGACAUCAAGUCCGGAUGCCAUAUCGGUCAAAGGAAACGCAGACCACUAAUUUUCAACCUGACCUCACCCACACUUCAGUGUCGAUCAUGGAGGUACCAAGUACGCCUGAAGCUGCAUCUACCCCUCAGCCAAAAUACAAGAGGAAGCGUUCUGAUUCAAGUAACGAUGAGGAGACUGAGCCCUUGGCAAAGCAUUCUUUGUCAUUUGUGGAUGAUGAAACCAAGGACCCCUCUUGGAAUCCAAAUAUGUCUUUGGAAAGUGUUGCAUCUGCUAGGUAUGUUUCAUAG